AUGAAGUAUACAAACCUUCUUCUUCCUUUUUCCUGGUCAGGAGGUAUUGAUGAAGAUGUUGUGGUGAUCGAAGCAUCCUCCACUCCCCAGGUCACUGCUAACGAAGAAAUAAAUGUUACCUCAACAGACAGUGAAGUGGAGAUUGUCACAGUUGGUGAAAGCUACAGGUCUCGUUCCAGUCUUGGCCACACAAGGUCCCACUGGGGCCAGAGCUCUGGCUCUCACCCUGCACGGCCUCAGGAGCAGCGAAACCGCAGUAGGAUCUCCACAGUCAUCCAGCCCCUGAGGCAAAAUGCAGCAGAGGUCGUGGACCUUACUGUGGAUGAAGAUGAGCCGACAGUUGUGCCAACCACAUCAGCUCGAGUGGAGCCACAGGUCGUGAGUUCUGCGUCCAGUAACAGUUCUAGUACGUCUACCUCAGAGCAGGCCUCUGAUGCAGCUCCAAGUGUCUCCAGCAGCAGCCAGCCCUCUGCAGCACCAGAGACAACUUCCAGUCUUCCCAGUGCUGGCACUGCUGGUACUUCAGCUGGAGAUGACACAAGGAGAACAGCAUCUAAUACGACACUGGAAACUGGCCCUCCAGCCAUGCCAAGGUUACCAUCGUGCUGCCCUCAGCAUUCUCCUUGUGGAGGACCUUCACAGACUCAUCAUGCAUUGGGGCACCCACAUACAAGCUGCUUUCAGCAGCAUGGCCACCACUUCCAGCAUCACCACCAUCACCACCACAACCCUCACCCUUCUGUUCCGCUGUCUCCUCCGUUCAGUGACUCCAGCUGCCCUGUGGAAAGGCCUCCUCCAGUGCCUGCACCAUGUGGAGCAAGCAGCAGUUCUGGCACCAGUUACCACGAGCAGCAGGCACUGCCAGUAGACUUAAGCAGCAGUGGUAUAAGAAGCCAUGGAAGUGGUGCUUUUCAUGGAACAUCUGCUUUUGAUCCCUGCUGUCCUGGUUCUUCAUCUCGAACUACAAUCUAUGGGCAUCAGGCUGGUGCUGGCCCGAGCCAGUCCAUAACAAUAGAUGGAUAUGGAUCGAGUAUUGUUGCACAGCCACAGCCCCAACCACCUCCUCAGGCCUCGCUCUCCUCCUGUCGGCACUACAUGCAUUCUCCUUAUGCUUCUUUGACCAGACCUCUUCACCACCAAGCUUCUGCAUGUCCUCACUCUCAUGGAAAUCCUCCUCCACAGCCACAACCUCCACCUCAAGUAGAUUACGUUAUCCCUCAUCCAGUGCAUCCCUUCCAUCCUUCAAUCUCCUCUCAUGCAUCUUCUCAUCCUGUUCCACCUCCACCACCAACUCAUCCUUUAGCCAAUGCAGCUGCUCCCAUACCACAGCAUCUUCCUGCAACACACCAGCCUAUAUCCCAUCACAUCCCUGCAACAGCACCUCCAGCACAGAGGCUACAUCCUCAUGAAGUGAUCCAGAGGAUGGAGGUCCAGAGAAGAAGAAUGAUGCAACACCCAACACGUGCUCAUGAGCGACCUCCUCCUCAUCCUCACAGAAUGCAUCCCAAUUAUGGGCAUGGGCAUCACAUUCAUGUGCCUCAGACUAUGUCUUCCCAUCCUCGACAAGCUUCUGAGAGAUCUGCCUGGGAACUAGGAAUUGAAGCUGGUGUGACUGCAGCUACUUACCCUCCAGGGCCUUUGCAUCCUCACUUGGCUCACUACCAUGCACCUCCUCGACUUCAUCACUUGCAAAUAGGGGCUCUUCCUCUAAUGGUACCAGACAUGGCGGGCUACCCUCACAUCCGUUACAUUUCAUCGGGAUUGGAUGGAACAUCAUUCAGAGGCCCUUUCAGGGGCAAUUUUGAGGAGCUGAUUCACUUGGAGGAACGAUUAGGCAAUGUUAAUCGUGGAGCAACACAGGGAACUAUAGAAAGAUGCACAUAUCCACAUAAAUACAAAAAGGUAACAACUGAUUGGUUCUCACAGAGGAAACUGCACUGCAAACAAGAUGGGGAGGAAGGAACAGAAGAAGACACAGAGGAAAAGUGUACCAUCUGUUUGUCCAUAUUGGAGGAGGGUGAAGAUGUCAGGCGCCUUCCAUGUAUGCACCUUUUCCACCAAGUCUGUGUAGACCAGUGGUUGAUUACUAACAAGAAGUGCCCCAUUUGCAGAGUGGACAUUGAGGCUCAGCUGCCUAGUGAAAGUUGACACUGCUUUCCAGAACUCUUGUCCUCCCUCUCGCUCCCUCUCAUCCUUCCUGGUACUGCAGUCAACCAAAGAUGGCACGACUUACCUGCGCAGAUUUGGAAGCAUUGAACCCAGAGUGCUGGCUCUCUACAUGGUACAACUAAUGCUAGACCUACAGUUUAUGUAGAAGACAGUUGAGUUUCAGUGUAUUUAUAAAUAAAUUUUUUUUUGGUUUGACAAUUUUUUUCUUCUUUUAAAUUCAUUACUGUAUUUUUGCAUGGUUCCUUGUAUUGCAUUUGUUUGCACAUAUUCUGGGCUUUGUGACCCCAAACUUGCAGGCAAGAUUAGCUGCUUUAGUAAGUAGAGUUGUGUGGUCUCUUUUUUUUUUUUUUUUUUUUUUUGGUUUGUUUUACCUAGUAUCAAGCUUUGAAAGUAUGAUUUCACUCAUUACUAACCUCAAACUCCUUAAUUUAAUCGAUCAUAUAUUUUAGUUUAAUUGUAUAAAGAUCAUCUAGAAAAGGAUAAUAUUAUGUAUUGAGACAUUCCUUAAUUAGGAAAAAAUGGCUGCUGUAUAUUUACAAUAUCA